AUCGACCGCCUUCCAGCGGUCAUCUCACUCUUUUUCUCGCUCGAACCCCUGCGAUGGCAGAACGUGCCAGCAAGAUUGAAGAGUACAUCGAGAAGAUUCACUACUCCGACCGUUACUCGGACGACAUUUAUGAAUACCGCCAUGUCAUCCUCCCCAAGCCCUUACUCAAACUCGUCCCGAAGGAAUAUUUUGACAAGGAACAACCAAACUGUUUGCGACUCUUGAGGGAGGAUGAGUGGAGAGGCAUCGGCAUCACCCAGAGCCUGGGUUGGGAACACUACGAAAUACAUGCCCCAGAGCCCCAUGUACUGCUCUUUCGUCGUCCAAAGAACUACGUUCCACCUCAGCAGCCUCAGAUGAUGAAGCAGACUAGGAAAAAAUAACGACUCAGGUCAAUCUCUUCACUCAUGUUUUAUACUGUAGCAUUAUCGGGUCCGUAUUCUUAAUGUUAUUCUCUGCAACCCCACCUAUUGCUAUGCUAUCCAUGCCUUAUGUGUUAUUGGUCGCAACCUCACAUGUUUAUCAUGCAUCAUACUCUACGUUGUGUCAAUGCCAUGGACCGCAUGGCGUCCUUCUCUCAAUUUAUUUCAGGACCACUACUACUUACUAUCGGCACAAACAGGAGGUCACAACGUUGAAUUGACAUUCCGUUGGUGAUUUGAGCUUGUGGUUUCGGGUCUGCACACACACGCAUUCUUAUCCCUUUAUGACAGUCAUAUCAGCGACAUAGAUCAUUCUUUCGUGAGUUCAGACGUACGAUAUCUUGUCUUUCUUAUCUAUUCUUACGAACAUUUCGUUCAUUAGUACGAGGACACGUGCUCCUCAAACUUGUCAUGGACCGUGACGCGUGAAUACGCACAACAUCGAUUUUACAGCACACGUCAAGGGACAGGCCUCCCCGGGCCUGUACCUACCUUGGACAAUCUUACUUCGGUUUCAC